GGCGGGAAGCUGAUCCAAUGCGUUACCCGAGAGAGCCACCGAGAACAGGUGAGGGACACCCCUGAAGAGAUCUGAGGGAAGGGUGCUCAGGUUGUUGUUGUACAGGUAGAGCUCCUGUAGAAGGGGUGUAGCUCUCAGGUGCUGUUCUGAGAUGGAGCUGAUGUUGGUGAACUGGAUGGUGAGGGAGGUUGUGUUGCUUGGAAGACCGUAGGAGGGGAACUGGGUGAGGGGGACUUCAUUACAGACCACCUCUGUUUUUCUUGGGGAUAUGUAGCAUUUGCAAAGGGCUGGGCAAGAGAAGGUGCCAUGGCAACAACAUGCCAGAAACAGGAGAGGAAGGAGAAACCAGAUCUUCAUCACUAAGGCACUGAGCAAGGGAAAAGAGAGAGGAAUGCUCAUAAAUGUUAGUUAUUCUCCUGUCGGGAAAUAAAAAUAGCUUUGCAAUUCAAAUGCAAUUGCUAAAGUGCUGUGCCUAUAAUGUUAUUACCAGCGUAAAUAAUUGAUUUGAUUACAUUAAAUGUGGAUAUUUCCAACUACAGUAGGUUACAUUAUUCAGUGCUUAGAUCACUAGUAUAGACAUGUCCUUAGGCUUCUGUCCAAAACUAUGAGCAUAUUGAUCAAUAAAAAGUUAUUUGAAAUUUCACUUACCCUGGUUUUAUAAUUGUCUAAAAUAAUGCUGUAAAUUAUACCAGCUCCUGUUUUGUAUCGUCCAGUUAGAAUGGUUUCAACAUUGUAGACGGGAAUUAGGAAGGUGGAUAGCCUGCCCUACAAUCAUUAAUCAUUGAGUAAAUAAUGAGCGAUCAGCACUUGGCGGGAACAAACAGUUCCAAAAGUGAAUCACAAACCUCUGGAGAAAUAGGCCUACAUACAUCUGUGUCAUAUUUCUUUCACGUUUUUCAAACUCACUGACCAUCAUAUAGGCAGGCACAACUAUAACUAAACAUACAGUAUAUAGGCUAAACAUACAGUAUAUAGGCUAAACAUACAGUAUAUAGGCUAAACAUACAGUAUAUAGGCUAAACAUACAGUAUAUAGGCUAAACAUACAGUAUAUAGGCUACUGUUGUAACUGUAUAGUUUGUCAUCCAUGUAAUGUAAUAUAACGCUUCUUUGAAAUACAAGCCAUACAAAUUCGGGGGCGCACUUCAACGCUCACUAUGUGAUGGCCAAAAGGUUAUUGCUUGAAGUAAUAUACUGGAAAAAUGCUCAGCCACCUGUCCAAUUCUCUCGGGUAGACUGACUACACGCUGUCAAGUCAAUCCGGCAACUAACAGGAGUGAUUGGAGACUACAAGUAUCAUUAUUUUUUACCCAAUACCUAGACAAUAUGCUAACGUCACCCGUAGACGACUCGAACAUUUUGUUACACUUGUUAAAUUAUAGUACAUUCUGCUUAUGUUUAGUGUCUAAAAUCCCGUCGAUUGUUCUCGUAGCAAGAGCGAAGUCUUCCAAGGGAUUCAGCCUGAAGGGCUUGCUGUUGGAGUUGACUGGAUAUGUCGUGUUUGUCACCUACCAGAUUCACCAUGCUGCACCAUCUUCCACGUUCCUGGAGUACCCGAUACUCAUUGCCCAAGACACCGUCCUGCUUCUGCUCAUCCUCUAUUACAAUGGGAAAGCCAAGCACAGCUUGAUCUACAUUGCACUAUUUGUAGGGGGAUGGAAACUUGUCACACUACAAGAUUGGAUCAUUGAUCUGGCUAUGAGCCUCUGUACCUUAAUCAGUGCCAGCAGUAAGUUUGCCUCUGCCCAGUGCCUGUACCAGUCCAAGGACUCCUCCGGGGUCAGUGCCCUCGCCUGGAGCAUAUCCUGCUACACCUGCUUGGCGAGGAUGUUCACUACAAUUAUGACAACAGCAGACAUACAAGUUCUCACCCGGUUCGCGGUCUUGUCAUCGCUCAAUGGAUUUGUGCUGGCCAUGAUAUUCCACUACAGAAGAGAUGUCAAAAAGGUGGAAUGAGCUUUGGAGAUGAGUCCGUCAGUCACCUGAGUCAUAUUCUUCAGGCAGCAAACAGAAGAACACAGAAUGACUCAUGGAGGGACUAACUGGACUUAAAACUGGACUGUCCUAUAAAGAAAACUAGCAUUUUCACUUGCAAAAUGUCUGACUUGUGAAACCACAAACAAGGUCUUAUCCACUGGUCUUUUGGUCCCAGAACAUGGUAUUGAAGCAACCCUUAGGAAUAAAAAGUCUUAAAUUCUCCAAAAUGAUGAGCAAUACAAGUAAAACACAUAAUAAAGAAUAUUCACUGUCUUGUCGA